AUGAAGGAGGGUGGUGGUGAUGGUGUCGGGCCGGUGACGAAGGGCCGGGGGUGGUCGUUCAGGCCCGCGCCGGUGGUGACGUUGGGCGAAGGCGGGCAAGAACAGGCCGACGCGGCGAUGCUCCACCAGGGCGUCAACGACGUGCAGCUAUUCAAGGACUGGAUGGGCCUUCGCGCCUACUGCUUUGCGCCGUCCACCGGCCUCGACCACCCCCACGUGGAGGCAAAGGAGGUGCCGCCGCACCUGGCCGAGGUCCUCGUGAUGAUGCUCAAGGUGGGACCCCAGCAGCUGGUGGCGGCUGGUGCGGGCGUGAUCCCGAUGACCCAGAACGUGCGAGGCGGCCUCUUCAGGAUGGCCGGCAUGCGCGGCGUGUCCUGCUAUCCCGAGUCACGACGAAAGGGCCACGUGUCGGCGUUGAUGAAGAGCGCGCUGGGGCUGAUGCGCGACCACGCGGUGCCGUUCUCGGCGCUGUACCCAUUCAAGGCGUCGUUCUACGAGCGGAUGGGCUACGUGUGCGUCCACAGCAAGCGCAAGGUGGUCUUCUCCCCGGCCAUCUUCGCCGGCCUCCGACCCUCGCCCGCGCUGCGCCUGGAGCGCGUGCCGGCGGCCGGCUUUGACAAGAACGAGUACGUCAACCUGCUGGCGCGCCUGCAGAAGAAGGUGCACGGCUUCGCGCGCUUCGCCGACGAGACGCUGGAGAAGCACAUGGACUGGAGCGAGAAGGUCAUACCGCAUUGGGCGGUGGUGGUGCGCGACCACAAGGGCAUCGCCGGCGUGCUCGGCUACACGCUGGGGCCGUUCAUGACGGGAACGAUGAAGGUCGACGUGUUUGCCUACGCGAGCGUCGCCGCCCGAACCGCACUCCUGAGCUGGAUCGGUUCUCACACGGAUCAGGCACCCGUAAUUUGGGCUGACUUCGGUUGCUGUGCCAAGGAGGUCACGCUGAUCAUCUCGCCCGACGAAGACUUUGAGAACCUGGUCGCCGACGCCGCCUUCCACAUCACCUCAGUCGAGAUCCUGAAGCCGCAGAUGGCCCGCGUGGUGUCGGUGAAGGGGCUGGAGGGACUCCCCGUCGGCGGCGACGACGGGCUGCAGCUCGACUUCACCCUCCUCGACCCCUUCUUCCCGGCCAACCACCAGCAGCGCUACCGCUUCACCGUCCACCAGGGCCGCCUCCGCGUCCAGCACCGCGACAAGGCCGAGGCCUCCGGCGACCACCACGACAGCGACGACGGCGCUGGCGCGCAGCUCGAUGUCCGCGGGCUGACGGCUCUCGUGUUCGGAGUGGUCAAGGAGGGCGCCGACGAGAUCGAGGGCCGAGGCUGGGGCAACUCCUUCCCCAAGGCUACACGGAGGGUCAUCAAGGCCAUGUUCCCACCAACCACUCGGCCCCUGCUCUACGAGAACUUUUGA